AUGGCUGACGGGAACUGCACUGAGGUGCCCCAGUUCACCCUGGCGGGGCUCACCGAACACCCACAGCUGAAAUUCAUCCUCCUCGGGCUCUUCCUGGGCACCUACACACUGACACUGGUGGGGAACCUGGGCCUGAUCGUCCUCAUCAGGGUCAGCCCCCAGCUCCACACCCCCAUGUACUUCUUCCUCAGCGCCUUGUCCUUCCUGGACGUUUGCUACUCCUCCACCAUCAGCCCCAGGAUGCUGCUGGACCUCCCGGCGGGCCCCAGAGCCAUGUCCUUGGCGGGCUGCCUGGCGCAGCUCUACUUCUACGCCGCCUUCUGCACGGCCGAGGCCUACCUGCUGGCGGUCAUGGCCUACGACCGCUUCGUGGCCAUCUCCCAGCCCCUCCUCUACCAGCUCCUCAUGUCCCCCGCGCUCUGUGCGAGGCUGGUGGCCGGCUGUUUCCUCGGGGGGCUGCUGAGCGCGGCCACCCACGCGGGCGCAGCGCUGCGGCUGUCCUUCUGCGGCCCGCUGCUCAUCGACGACUUCUACUGCGACGGGCCGCCGCUCUUCCUGCUGGCCUCCUCGGACAGGGCGCUCAACGAGGCCCUGGUGCUCAUGCUGGCGGGGUUCAACAUCGCCGCCACCAGCCUGCUCAUCCUCGGCUCCUACGCCUGCGCCGCGGUGGCCGUGGGCAGGACGGGCCCCGGCGCGGGCUGGCGCAAGGCCUGCUCCACCUGCAGCGCCCACCUGGCCGCCCUCGGCAUCCUCUACGUGUCCAUCGCCUUUAAUUACAUGCAGCCCAGCUCGGCCCGCUCGCUGAGGAGCAAGAAAGUGGCGUCUGUCUUCUACACCGUCGUGGUGCCCCUGGUGAACCCUGUGGUUUACAGCCUGAGGAACGAGGAGGUGAAGAACGCCCUCGGCAUCUUCAUCGGGAGAAUGCACUCCUGA